CUGGAACACUUUCGAUAAAAGUAACAACUAGAAAAAGAAUUGCAUCUACUCUACCCCUUCGGUCUGCGACUUUGUCUUGGUGACAAUCAAACAGCGUGCGACUGAGUUGGGCUGAAUAUUUCACAGUCAUGGGUCGCCCACGCCGAACAUCAAGUAACCUCGGGGGCGACCCUCGUGGUGACACCAGUGCCCCGGCGUUGGCAACGAUGCUGUCGCGCCCAAACAAUUCGAAUUUGCGUCCCUCGGCCGCAGAACGAGAAUUGAAACCGCACUCGAAAAGACGCAAAGCCCGAUCGAUCCUUCGCAAAUGGAAACACAUCUCUCUAAAGCACACGUGGAUCAAUCCUCUGAUUCUCAUGCUGGCCAUAUUGAUUGCCUACUACGUGAAUCCCGGCGAACAAAAUCCUCUUCACCGCGCCAUCUUCCUCUCCUACCCUCUCGGCCCUGACUACCCCGGCGGGCCAAAUAUGUACGGCAAAGGCAAAGCUGACAUGGCCUUUGUCUCCUUCUACAUGAUCGUGUUGAGCUUUACGCGAGAAUUUUUGAUGCAGAGGGUCAUCAGACCCAUGGCGAUCUGGUGUGGGAUCAGGAAGCGAGCAAAGCAGGCUAGGUUUAUGGAACAGGUCUAUACAGCCAUAUAUUUCUCGAUCUUCGGGCCUUUUGGCCUGUAUGUCAUGUCCAGGGGUCCCUUGUGGUAUUUCAACACAACUGCCAUGUUUGAAGGAUUUCCGCAUCGCAAGCACGAGGCUCUGUUCAAGGCAUACUACUUGCUACAAGCCAGCUACUGGGGUCAACAAGCUAUCGUCCUCAUGCUCCAACUGGAGAAGCCUCGAAAGGAUUUCAAGGAACUGGUCUUGCAUCAUAUCGUGACUGUGGCACUGAUAGCACUGAGUUACCGAUUCCACUUCACGCAUAUGGGAAUCGCAGUCUAUAUCACCCAUGACAUCAGCGAUUUCUUCCUGGCCACUUCGAAGACACUGAACUACCUCGACAAUGUCCUGGUCGGGCCCUACUUUGCCGUCUUUGUGGGCGUGUGGGUGUAUCUCCGCCACUAUCUUAACCUUCGCAUCCUCUGGGCGACUUUGACCGAAUUCCGGAGUGUUGGGCCGUUUGAGUUGGAUUGGGAGACACAGCAGUAUAAGUGCUGGAUCAGUCAGUAUAUUACAUUCUCGCUCCUUGCCUUAUUACAGGCAGUGAAUUUGUUCUGGCUGUUCCUCAUUCUACGGAUCGCCAAGAACUACGUUUUCAGCAAUGCGAUUGCAGAUGAGCGCAGCGACUCCGAGGAAGAAGACACCGAUGUGGAGAUCAAAGAGGGAGGUGCGAAAGAGAUCACCGGCAAACAACCAACAGUGCUCCUCAAUGGCGAGCCUGUCGAGGGUCAAGGGAAAUCUGCCAUGUUGCGUGAAAGGAAACGCAAGGGCUGAAUGUUGGAAAUAGAGGACGCGCUGUGCCACGCCAAGUUGCAUCCUUGUAUCAUGCUAAUUGAUGACAUUCUACAUAUGUAACACUACCUGGAUAGAAUGAUAUACUUUUGAGUGG